GAAGGAGACGUGAGAUCCGAGAAACCGCGCACCAUUCUUCUCUUCCUAAUAUACUUAAUCGCCAUCUCGAAGGGCUUUGUUGAAUUGUGAUGGGUUUCCUCCGUCGACUCUUCUUAGGCUUGUAGAGGGAGGCUGGAUCGGUCGAGAUCGAGAAGCUCAUGGACGCGGUUGCAGCUGAUGCUUCGAAGCAGUACUUCACGACGGCCGGCCUGGUCGUGGGAUACUCCCUCUCCUCCAGCCUGCUUGCCAUCAUCAACAAGUACGCCGUCACCAAGUUCAGCUACCCCGGCCUGUUGACCGCAUUCCAGUACUUCACUUCUGCCCUCGUCGUGUGGGUUCUCGGGAAACUGGACGUCUUGUACCACGAUCCUUUCACCCGUGACAACGCCAAGAAGUUCUUGCCCGCCGCCGCCGUGUUCUACCUCGCGAUCUUCACCAACACCAACCUGCUUCGCCAUGCCAACGUCGACACCUUCAUCGUCUUCCGAUCCCUGACUCCGCUGCUCGUAGCCAUCGCCGACACCGUCUUCAGGAAGCAGCCUUGCCCUUCCAAGUCCACCUUCUUCUCCCUCGUCAUCAUACUGGGCGGCGCCGUGGGGUACGUCCUCACCGACUCCGCCUUCACCCUCACCGCCUACUCAUGGGCGGUCGCCUAUUUGGUCACCAUCACGACGGAGAUGGUCUACAUAAAGCACAUGGUGACCCACCUCGGCCUCAACACCUGGGGCUUCGUCUUCUACAAUAACUUCAUAUCCUUGUUGAUGUCCCCUGUCUUCUGGAUAGUCACCGGGGAGUACGCCGAUGUUUUCACCGCCGUAAAGAUGAGCUCCGGCAGCGGGUGGCUGCAGCUGGAUGCCAUUGUCGCGGUAGCUUUGUCUUGCGUCUUUGGGUUGCUCAUCAGCUUCUUCGGGUUUGCGACGCGGAGAGCCAUCUCGGCGACGGCAUUUACGGUGACCGGCGUGGCCAACAAGUUCCUCACCGUUGCUGUCAACGUGAUGAUCUGGGACAAGCAUGCAAGCCCUCUGGGCUUGGCUUGCCUGCUCUCCACUCUCGUAGGGGGUGUUGUUUAUCAGCAAUCCGUCACAGGAUCCGCUUCCUUCCCAUCCAAGCAGAGCUCUGAGACUAGCAAGCUCAUAGACAAUGGAGAAGAAGAUGACGGCGAUUCCGACAAGGUUGAGCAAGAUAUAGAGAUGCCUGUGUCUGGUAAGAAACCUUGAAGAUAACUUUCUCUUUCGGCGUAUGUAUGUCUCGCAACUGCAAGAUAGAUCGAGGCAUAGUCUUCCUCUUGUUCCUACUCCAUGAAGUGUGUCCUGUUAAGGAUUAUACAUGACAUUUUGAUUUGCUUAUCUAUUAUAUUGGACAUUGUGGUCUUCUUGA